AUGUGCACAUACAGUCCAGAUUUGUGUUUGUGUGAGCUCUGUGACGAUACGUCCAGUCAGUUUUAUUGGCUCGUGGUAGCUGAGGUUAAGCCCACAGCCUUGUUUUUAAGAGUGCAAGCUCCUCAGAGCUCUUGGUGCAGGAACAGGAAAACAACCUGGGACAUGCUCAACACCUCAAACAUCACAGCGACGAUGGACUUCUCCAAUUAUGACAAUUUCACCUACGAUGAUAUGUUGAACUUUUUGGAAAACUUAAACUCCAGCGAUAACGAAUCUGACUAUGACGACAACAACUAUUGUGAUCCCGAUAAAAAUGAGAAAUACGUCAUCAAAAUGUUCCAGACAUGCGCUUUUUGCCUGAUUUUUUUUGUUGGAGUUUUGGGAAAUUCUCUGGUGAUCGCCACCUUUGCUCGCUACCGGCGCCUCCGGCUUCGUUCCAUGACUGAUGUGUUUCUCUUCCACCUGGCGCUGGCUGAUCUCCUCCUGCUCCUCACGCUCCCUUUGCAGGCCUCCUACACUCACUGGGGUUGGAUUUUCCCUGUUGCCCUCUGCAAAGUGAUGCGUGCAUGCUAUGCCAUCAAUACGUACAGCGGACUGCUGCUGCUCGGCUGCAUCAGCGUUGACCGUUACAUGGCUGUGGCACGAGCCCAACAGAUGCUACGACUGCGCAGGCAGAUACUAAUGGCAGGGAAAGUUGCUGCUGUGGUUGUCUGGAUCAUUGCCAUACUCUUGAGCUUCCCUGAAAUCCGUUACUCUGGGGUUUCUUCGUUUGGUAACGACACAUAUUGUGUCAUGCAACAGAGUGGGCAUGUCAAGAUGGCUACCAAUGGAGCCAUCAUUGCUGUCUUCUGUGUGUCUUUUUUCACCAUGGUGAUAUGUUACACUUCCAUAGGUGUGGCUCUGUGGGAAGGCCACGUGCAUCGUCGUGGGAAGCAGUGGCACCGGCAGCGCACACUAAAGCUCAUGGUUGCCCUGGUGCUGGUUUUCCUGAUCUUCCAGCUUCCGUACACAGUGGUUUUAUCUCAGAAAAUAGCGGGGGGGUUAUGCAAUCUGAUGGGGGAGUACAUCACCUGCACUCUGGCAUACACACGCUGCUGCCUCAACCCCAUCCUGUAUGCACUGGUUGGUGUACGUUUUCGCAAAGACGUAAAGCAGCUCAUGCAUGACUCUGGCUGUCCAUGUGGCUUGCAGCUGCAGCUGCACAGUAUCCACUCCACAUCCAUCUCUGCCUCUUCUCCUGCUCUCACUGUGCUCUCAGUUGUCUCCCCAACAUCACCUGAUCGCAAUUGCUCCAGUAGUGAUGGAUUAACCUCUGUCAAAUUUCAGUUUCCAACAAGCGAAUAAUCUUGAAAGUAAAACAUACGUGUCUUCAGUUUAAAUAUGUAAUUUAGUUUAAUGAACAGACAUUAGAAAUCAGUAUAAAAGUCAUAAGACACUCUCCUCAAUUUCUGUUCAGGUUUCCAGCAGCACGACUUUAAACAUCUGUAGCUGAUUCAGAAAGCUGAUGCUUCACAACAAAGCAGACCUUAUCAGUCGCUUUUUGAUCUUUAAACUCAAGUUUAAAGCUUCUUAUGAAAACUGCUGUUCUUUAAAAUGCUGAAUAUUACUGAAGCAAUACAUCGUACAGAUUUUUCCACUCAGCAUAAACAAAUGUUAAUUGUUGUUGGUCAAAGCUAAAAAAAAGGAGGAGAAGCAUAUAUUUUUUAUACACAAGUUUUAUA